UGAUUCUGCCAAACAAUGUAAAUCCGGUUUUCAGCCAAAAAAAAAUAAUUUCACGUUUUACCACCAAAAACAUUAUUUUCGGUUUUCCGCCAUAAACAUGUUUUUUUUUUUCUUUCAUUUUCAUGAUUCCAUGGGCCUGAAUUCCUUUAUGGGCCUUUUCUUUUUUGUCCGAAUCCAGUUACGUGACAAAGAUAUUUAGGGUUCUCUUUCAUUUACGAAUUUUGUGGUAAAGGGUUCUCAUUGUUCUCACACCACAUUGCCCAUUUGUUAGGAACAACUUAUCAUUAUUAGUUAGUUUAUUUCAUUGUAGAAAAAUAAAGACUAUUCACGGUUUUAUUCCCAGGAAAGUUUCAAAGUCGUACCACUUCCAACGAAUUUGAUGGCAAAGCAAGAUAGAGAAUAUGUCUUGCCUUAAUGUGGCACGCAUCGGCAAUGUUCAUAACCUCGAUGACAAGUUGCUGAGAUCUCUUUCUUCUGUCAUACAUCUGUACUUGUGUUUGACUAAAUCAAUGGUUGCUAGCUGUAACGCCAUCAAGUUCUCUCGGCUUAUAGAGUUUUGCUUUUUUCCAAGUUGUUAUGUAGAUUGGUUGGAACCACUUAUGAUAUUUCUUCAAAUUUCUCCUAAACUAAAAACUCUUACGAUUGACACUGAUUACGGGUGUCUCCCACCUUCGUGGAACCAGCCGAGUUCUUCUACUCCCGAAUGCUUGUCAUCUCAUUUAGAGAUCUUUGGGUGGAGAGGGUAUCGAGGAAGAGAAGAUGAGAAACAACUAAUGACAUACAUUCUCGCUAACUCAAAGUGUUUAAAGACAGUGGGGAUCUUUCUCUUAGCAACCUGCAAUCUUGAAGAGACACAAAAGGAGUUACAAUCUAUGCCUAGGAAUUCAACAUCAUCCCAACUUCUAACCUCCUCCACUCAAAUGGAUUGGAGUUUUACAGGAGUAUUAUGAAUUGAUAUUGCUGCUACUAAGCUAUCAUUUCAUGAUUUCAUUUACUUAAACUAUUGGGUUAUGAGUUCACCAAUAGAGUUUCAAAUUUAUUCUUUCUUUCUUGUUUAAAAUCAUCAUGACAACAAUUGAGUAGCCACAUAAUGACUGUCUCAGGUUAUGAUCCAUAAUGCCCAAAGCCAGCGACAA